AUGGGGCAGUCGGACGACAUUGAGGACUCUACUUAUAGUAGACACCAGGAUUUGUGUCAGAAAUUGAAUAUGGACGCGACCGCCGCGUCCGAGGCCUGGAAAUCCUACGAGACCAUUCGACAGAAUUAUACUCUUGAGGGUGAUCAGUUACAUUGGAUAGGAUGUGCACUGUAUGUAGCGUGCCGUAAAUCUUCUAUACCCACUGUUGGGAAGACAGGCACUAAUGUGGAAGGCAAUUGUGUGUCGUUGACUCGUUUGCUACAAUUGUGCAACCUUCCGCUAAUACAAUUUUUUAUGAAAAGCAAAUCUUGGGCAGACAUGGCAAAUAUGCCAUCGGACUUUCGUUCUAAAAUCGAGAAGCUGGAGGGAAAUUUUUCUGUUUCUAUGGUUAUAUUUAAGAAAUAUCAACCAAUCUUCACUGAUAUAUUUAAAGAUCCAGCGGAUGAUAUUUCAAGACCGCCAAGAUCGAGAAGACACAAAGCGAUGCCUUGCACUCCAGCAAGAGUGUUUGAAUUCUGUUGGACAUUAUUUAUUUGUAUAAAGGGAGCAUUUCCUGAUAUCUCGGAUGAUCUAGUUAAUUCUUAUCAUUUACUAUUAGUCUGUUGUGAUCUGAUAUAUAGCAAUGCUCUAUUGGCUAAUAGGAAAGACCUUUUGAAUCCUAAUUUUCCAGGUCUACCUCCAAAUUUUAAUGAUGAGAAUUAUACACCACCGCAAACAGCAAAUUGUAUAGUCAGUUUGCUGUGUGAACGUCACGAAGCUAUCGCUGUCGAGGCUAAAGUCAUUAAGGAAUAUUAUCUGAAAAACCAUAUAAAAAAAUUAUUUGACGAAAGAGUACUACGAGGAGAUCCGUCAAAUUUUUCUGGUAUUUUGGAAGCUUUAAAUUUCGAUGGCAACAAUAAAGCCAUCAAUAGAGUAUAUGAGCAACAUGUACUGAGUGUCGGUGAUUUUGAUGAAAGAAUCUUCUUAGCUGAUUGGAGGCGAGUCAGACUGAAUGGAGUGUCAAGCUUGGAAAUAGUUGGAGGAGAUAUAGCUUAUGCUAAAUUAGCCAAACAUAUUUCUCUUAAAGGUCAUGAUGCUAGUAAUAAUAUUGGUUCUCCUACACAGAUGAUGAAUGUUGGAGAACUUCAAGAACAGUUUCAACUAAAGAGGGAGCAAUACAGUGGGAUUCAACAUUUGGCUCCGCCCACUCCAUUAACUGGACGUGGUUAUCUGAGACCAAAGGAUAUUACCAAUGUAACACCGGUAUCCACUGCGACGCAAAGUGUAAUUCGGCUUCAAGCGAUGCUGGCCGGUCAGACAUCGCCGAGCGAGAAUCUGCUGCAGAUAUUGAACAGUUGUUCUCAAGAUGUGAAGUCGUUAGUGGAAUUGAAGGUGAAAGAAAUAGGGGAACAGUUCUGCGCAAAUUACAAUAAAAGUACAAACGCUAACGAGACUACUUCAGAUUUUGGAAAGAAGAGGCUGUACCUGGGUCAGACUCUAUUUUACAGACUUUUAGAGAUGAUUUUAAACGAUGAGAAACGCAAGAAGCCGAGUUACGAUGUGACGAACCUUCUUACGAACGAGGUUUUUAUUCAGUGCUUAUUCGCCUGUUGCUUGGAGAUUGUUAUCUACUCGUACAAGAGCAACGACAAAGUGUUUCCUUGGAUCCUGAAUGCGCUGAAUUUAGACGCCUACUACUUUUAUAAAGUAAUAGAAAUUAUAGUCAGGGCGGAGGAUCAGUUGUCGCGCGACGUCGUGAAGCAUUUGAAUCAGAUAGAGGAAAAGAUUCUAGAGUCUCUCGCGUGGCAAAGUGACAGCCCUCUGUGGGGGGCUAUUCAAUCCACGCCGGAAGGUGUUCCUAGUUGCGAAGAGGUCUCGCUGCCAGGAACGUUGGAGACCAUUGACCCGAAUAUCCCCGGACAACCGGUACUAAGGAGAAUCGCUUUAGACCGCGGUACCCAUCACGAUGUGCAACAGAGUCCUAUUUCGUCCGCCUCGGAGAGAUUUCAGUCGCCUGUCGCGGCUUCCGGCGUAGCCAAAAAGCGCCUGUUCAGUGACACUCGGAUCGGUGGUCAGAGCGUAUUGCGAGUAGCUGGCCAGAGCAUGUUAUCGUCGAAGGUCCUGGCGAUCGAUAAUCCGAUAAUCGGUAAUUCGAGAAUACUGUUGUUACCUGAUCAAAUCACCGUUCCAAGAUCGUCCAGUGUUCAGUCCGCAACUACGAUGCAGACUGUAACGGUGAACCGGGAGCCGGUAAAGCCAAAACGGACCGGUUCCGUGGCGUUGUUCUUUAGGAAAUUUUACAACCUCGCGUCCGUCCGCAUGUUGGAUCUGUGCGGCUCGCUGGAGAUCAUGGACAUCGACCUGAAGAAGAAAAUCUGGACGAUUUUCGAGUACUCAAUCAAAGAGAGAACAGAACUAAUGAAGGAUCGGCAUCUCGAUCAGAUUUUAAUGUGUGCAAUCUAUGUGAUCUGUAAACUAGCUAAAAUGGAGAAGAAUUCGUUUACGGAGAUCAUGCGGUGCUAUCGAUUGCAACCGCAGGCAGAGUCCCAUAUAUACAGGUCGGUACUUAUCGCGAAGACACCAUCAAACCACUCGCAAUCGAACAACGAGGAGUCCAGUACGAAAGAAGAGACCGACAAGGAGACCAACGUGGCGCCGCCUACGCCCUCGAACAUGGCGGGAACAUCGCAGAGUUUCGGCGAAGAAAUCCGCGGCGACCUGAUCAAAUUUUACAACACAGUAUACGUUCCGCAAGUGAAAGAAGUCGCGAACAAAUUGGGACUGGCGCGCGGUAGUGUCAUGAAUUUGUCGUUAAGCCCUUUGCCAAAGGGGAAACCACCGGCGAGUUCACCGGUCAGACACGUGACCAGUAGUAUUAUGACUCGUACGCUGGACCCGAAAGCAAUUUCCGCUUCGCCAGCGCCGCAACUUAGUUAUUGCUUUAGUCGUAGUCCCGCUAAGGAUUUGGAGGCUAUUAACAAAAUGAUGAUCUCCAUCGACCCAAAGCGAUCGGUCGGUAAGAGACUUUUAUCGGACGAUACGGAUGUAGAAAUGUCUGAAGGUUCGUCCCCUAUAAAGAAGACAACUGCCUUUGUUGCGCGUAAAUUAGAGAACAUAAUCGGUGAACGACGUACGCAGAAUCAAUAGGAAUUGCGGUUCAGAGUCGCGUGUGUUUCUCGAAGGAAUCGUACGCGACGAGUAAUGAAUAGAGAACGUUCGGAGGACAUUUGAAUUUCCGUCUCGAAUAUAAAACGUCAUUGAAAAUCGAACAAGUAGGGAAAAUACAUUUUUAAAAGUUGAAUUUCUGUUUCUUGGCUGUGCGGCUUAAAGUAAAUGAAUUAUUCGUUUCUCAGGUAUGAUCAUGUUAGAAAUAGAGAAAAAGCUCGUAUGAUAUAUAAUCGUGUAUAGGAUACGACAAUACUGUUGUGUCGA